UAAUGCUGUGGUGAAAUAAAGGGGUGUAAUAGGUAGCACAAUAUUUGUGUUGCAUUUGGGCAUAUGUUUGGAAGCAGGUUGGUUUCUAUAUAUACAUAUGUAUGUCGUCCACAUUAUGUAACAAGAACACGGCGUCACGAUUAUGCAAAUAAGGCUAUAGUCAUGCACGCAACUGACUUGAUAACUUGGAAAAUAAACAUUUUUAACAAUUGGGACUGAUUUGGAAAUAAAUGUGAGAUGCAUCACAGCAACAUUCUAUUUUUAUGACAUUGGUUAGAUUAUAUAACGCCGAAUCUUUCAUAUGAUUGGUUCAAAAUGUUUUGCAAUUCACAACGUGAUCAUGUUGUCAUAAUUUAGGAUUGUAAUAAAAUAAAAUAAAAUAGAGGCAAAUGUACCAUAUGGUAUCUGAAGAGUUUAAUUGGCAGGAUCGGACUUUGUUUGCCGAACAUUUAUACUCCGUAAAGGCAUCUAUAAAAGCAGAAUGAGCAUAAGACAACCCAUCAUUUUAUUCGUCAUUUGAAGAGAACAACACUCUUUUCAAGAUGAAUUGGAAAUUUCUGUUCGUUGUCCUUGUAUUGGCGAUGCUCUUGGCCGAGAGCCAGUCGUACAGAUUCAAAAAACGUGGUCGUCGGGGUGGAUGGCGCAGAAGGAUUCGACGUUGGAGAAGAAGAUUUGGUCGCUGGCGCCGGCGUUUCCGAUUCAGGAGACGACACGAUGAAGAUGCUGCCCUUGUAACAACCCAACAACAACAAGCAAAGACCAGAGAAGACGCGAUUGACGAGUUGAAAUCGUUCAUGGAGGACGAACCAGAAGUUGCCAAUGACAUGUUGAUGCUUCUUGCAGAGUAUAUGAACGAUGAUGAUGAGGGUGAUGAGAUGGACGGAGAUGAUUACUCGGAGGAGGAUCCGGAAUACGAUGAAUAAAUGCAUGCCUAAAAUGAUUUCUUCUGUUCGACUUUUAUCACACCCGGAAUAAGGAAAUAUCAACUACAAUAAUUUUAAAUUUGAGAUCUAAAAUCGAAAUAAAUUCAAUAGUAGCAUAUAUA